UCAAUGUCAAAUUUUCUAACCUCGAAUUCUCAGAUUUAUUUUGGUUAUGUAAAAUCGAAAUAUUCACAAAAAUCUACUUAGAAGCAUAUUUUAUGUUGGAUCCCUGUUACAAUUUUUAGAAAUCAAAAUGAUUUACAAGUGGUGGCACGUUUUCGUUCGAAAGAGGACGAAGCCGAUUUCUGCGGACAAGGCUGUUAUGUGGAAAACGCGGCUCAGCUUGCUCUACGGUUUCCUUGCUUGGAACGCCUUUGGUUUAGUGUUGUAUAGUGCUUAUAAAGGCAAAGGUGACUGGGCUCAUUACUACGGUCUUAAAACAGACGAGGAACAUUCUGUAUCGCCAGCUCAUUCCUGGGCUAACACUUUAGGAAUAAAGAAUGCUAAAGUAUACAGGAUAUCCGGGUUCAAAAAAGUAGAUGAAUAUGACAUUAUAGAUGGUGAAAAAAGUGAAGUAGUACCUGAAAAGAAAUUUGAAGAAAGUGAGAUGAUAACUGAAUAGCUAUAAAUCUCAUCAUUGGUCAAUAUUGUUCAAGCCACAUGAAAGUACCUUUACACAUGGUGAUUUUUAACUUUUCAGGUGUUUAAUGGCUUGUGUAGCAAAUUGCUGUAACUAUACAUUUGUCUACUGGAGCACAU